ACGACUACAAUCUACGCAUGCGUGUUAUGUAAGCUACUAAAACGUGUAUUACUGCCGUCACAUGGUGGCUUCGACUAGCUUAGCUGACGACGCACAGGCAGUAGUGUGUGUCCGCAGAAAAGAGCAAGCAAAGCUUGCGUCAGUCAUGGUUGGAAGGUUUGAAGACGCUCAGUAGAGUCGAUAUAGACGUGGCUUUGCGAAACCAUGGUAGAAAAUACCUCUAGAGACUUCUAAAACGCGAGGUACCACGUCGGAGACGCCUGGUAGCUUUAGAGUCGACCGUGUACGCGUGGCGUGUGGCUGUGUGCUGUGUGCUGUGUUGCGUGGGAUCGGCAACUUGUCGCGUGAAGGUUGAAGGUUGAAUCUUUUGCAGCGUCGUGUGACAUUGCAACAAGCCGUUGCAGGGUAACUCCAUAUGUAACAAGGUGGCUUCGAGUCGACCCUAAGUCGCCUAGGUAGUGGGAGAAGGCGAAGAUGCCGGGGACUCGAUGGAGGGAGCGGAGGGAGCGGAGCGACAACCUUAUGCAGCGCCUGCAGCACCGCGAGACGUUCCGCUCGCCGCCAUGCGCGCAGCUACACUCCGUGCGCCGCUUAUACGAGAACAUCGUGCCGUCCCAUACGGUGUACGACGUGGAGUCGCCGGAGCACGUGAUUCGCCGGUUCAGCCAUGACGGGCAGUACUUGAUCUGUUUCUCCAGGAACGGCCUUGAGCUCAUAGUCUACCGCUUCCUCUGGUUCCACUACUGCGCGCAGGGGGCAGCAGCAGUGGCGGAAGCAGAGGAGGACGAUCAUCUCCCCCCAUCCACCCGGAAGUUUGAGAAGUAUUUCGAGCAGCUGUACUGCGCGCCGCUGGGGCGGGGCAGCGAGGUGCUGUGCAAAGACCUCUUCCUCUGCUGCGAGGGCAGUGCUCUGGGGGUGUUUGCGGUUGGGGCAGUGAAAGGGGUGCCAGCGAUGGAGAGCAUUACUCUGCAUCUUGUGAGGCUCGCUGACGGCAAGGUGGUGGACAGGAGGGUGUUUCGCGACGACUAUAUAAACCUCACCCACAACGGAGGGGCGUUUCUGUACGAGGACCUGCUCUCUGUCCUCAGCAUUCGCUUCCAGCGGAUCCACCUCUUCCAGAUUGUUGAGGCAGCGGAGAGGUUUGUGGACGUGCAGGUGAUAGGCCCGUACGGGUGUGACGACGAUGAGCUCGUGCUACAGUCGCACUUUCAAGAAGAAUGGCGCUUCCAGCGGCACUUAGCUGAACUGCGGAGGAGACAGGCCCUCGGAGGAGUUUAACCAUGUCGACCUUUGGGUCGAGUCUCUUCAGUCUGUCGUAUGGUCCCGAUGGGCGUGCUUCCCUGCAAUCCCAGUCACACACUCACACCCACUCACCCACUCAGUCCCACACUCACUCACAGUCACAGCCACAGUCCCACUCACAAUCUCACUCACACUCGCAUGCUCACUCUCAGUCUCAUUCCCAUGCCCACUCACACCCUCACUCGCACUCUCGCUCGCAAGAGGUGA